AUGUCUACUACGCUGACUCAGUCUAGGUAUAUGUGCACGUGUAUCAUUCUUGGAAACUUGCUCAAUAUCGCCUAUGGCAUCAACCCAGGGUUUUCUGUGCUGGAUGAAUGUGAUGUUGAGCUUCCUGGCGACGAUGAGCUCUGGGAAGCUACAACGCCAUCUCAAUGGGAAUCGCUCAUAGAUAACAAGUCGCGCCCGCCUCUCGUAAGUCUCGGCAAGGCAGCUUCAAUGUUCUUUACGGACUCAGACCGUAUCGAAACCCUACCACGCGGCGGAUGGUCGUGGUCUGCUUUUGCUACAUCAGCCGUGAUUCAUCAAGUAGCGAUUGCAGUCUGGUAUCUGACACAAGGACAACAAGCUUGCAACAACGUGACCCAGGAUGCACGAGAGCGUUCCCGCCCAGAGUCAACGCGAAUUGAGGCCGCCCUCUCUCAAUGUCGGGAGCUACUCAUUAGAAGGAGUGGCGGAAACGACAAAGCUUGGAACGAAGAGGACAGUCCGUUACUCUUCAACGCUUGCGCCAUCCUGCGCGUCUCGUACGGGAGAGCUUUCAUGACAGUCCGGUUCUUGGACCGCUCACUACUAAUCAAGGACAAUCCGCAAGAUAAGCUUGCCAUCUUACAGAGAUAUCACGCGGCCUCGCAGAAACGGGGUCAGCUCAUUACCUUGGCGGUGAAUCGCGCCCUAGAGGGGUUCGCAAUCCCGAUACGUGCAGGUAUCUUCCUGAUACAAAAGACGGCCGCUUUCAAGUGGAGUGUAGAGCAUGCUCUUGCAGCUUGGGAUGCUGCUUUACUUGUGACUAAAUGGGUGCAUGCCAUCGAGACUCUUCAUGAAUCAGGUCGGAUAAUUGCGCCAGAAGAGAAGCAAGUUGUGCAGAAUGUUCGCCAUCUUUUGAAUGAAGUCGACACUGAACAUGCUAGAGGGCAUUCUCUGGCUGCAGCACUUGCUCGUGUCUGGGCUAAUCUAUACGACGAUACCUGGGUCUGGGGAGGUGCGUCUGCAGGAUCUAACACAUUCCAUAUCUGA